UGGAACACCAGUGGAAUAUUUGGAACACCAGUGGAAUAUUUGGAACAUGCUCCUAGGCGAAUCUUGGCAGGUUUUAGUAGAUGGAUACAAAAUCGCCCAUGGUGAAAAUCUAGUAUUUUCUGAUUUUCUUGGACUGUGUUUGAGCUAUCGAGAAUUGGAAUACACCAUUCGAUAGAGCUCAUCGAGUUGUACUUGGAACACACCCUGGGACUGUUGGAAGAUGUUCCUGGGCGAAUCUUGGCUGGAUUUACUCGAAUCUGGUGCUAACUUCACCUACAUAAUUUUUUUAGUGUUGUUAUUAGGAACAUUGACUGUAUAUUAAAAGAGCAAUACAAGUAUGUGAGCAUUACCUUUCUCUUUCCUUCAUUUUCUCUAGGUGAAAUCGUAUGCACAUAGCCAACAAAUCAUCGGAGCAACAAGGAUACAUAGGUAGUUUAUAAGAACAAGCAGCCGUAAUCGGUUUCAUCCUUGUUUAAGGGGCUCAUCAGACGGCAAGUUCAAAUUCAUCAUUAUCUAAAGAUAACAAUGAAACUGCAAUCGACCCCUAUGAAAUAGAAGAGAUACAGUGUUAAGUAUGGCUACUUUAUAAGAACAAGCAGUCAUGACCAGUUUCGUCGUUAUCUUAGGAUAAUGAUGAAUUUGAACAUGCCGUCUGAUGAGUCCCUUAAGCAAAGACGAAGCCGGUCACGGCUGCUUGUUCAUAUUAACUCUAACGAGGGAACCUAUUCAACUGUCCAAUCGCUUUUGAGUUCGAACUCAGUUUGAAAGAUAGACCCCAGUGAGGUAUGAAAAGGCCCAAAAGGAUAAGUGCCCAUAGGCCUUCCGUCCAGAGUUAUAGGCAUUUUACUAGAUUUUUAGCCUAUGGCACAGUAUAUACCAAAAAAUCGAAUGACAAUAUUUCGAGCUGAGAUUUCGUCCAACGAUAGGUCUAUGUACCAAUAGAAUGCCCUGAAAAUUUCAGCUCAAAAGAAUGUUUCAAUCUCGGGAUAUUAAACUCCCAAAAAUCACGCAUAUCCCGCGAAUGAUGCUAGAAUUUUUUGGCUUUUGGGUGUUCAAUAUCUCGAGAUUGGAACAUUCUUUUGAGCUGAAAUUUUCAGGGCAUUCUAUUGGUACAUAGACCUAUCUUUGGACAUAAUCUCAGCUCGAAAUAUUGUCAUUCGAUUUUUUGGUAUAUACUGUGCCAUAGGCUAAAAAUCUAGUAAAAUGCCUAUAACUCUGGACGGAAGGCCUAUGGGCACUUAUCCUUUUGGGCCUUUUCAUACCUCACUGGGGUCUAUCUUUCAAACUGAGUUCGAACUCAAAAGCGAUUGGACAGUUGAAUAGGUUCCCUCGUAAGUUGAAUCAAUUAUCACAAAAUUUUGAUAAAAAUAAUGAUCAAAAAAAAAAAAUGUUCAGAAACACAAUGUAAAUGAUUCGUUAUAAGCGAACAAAAUUUUUGAUAAUAAAAAUUUUAUUAUCAUUAUAUAGCGGAUCUUACAAAAGAGAUUUCAAAAGGUACUCAACCGCUUCAACAAACAAUUGAUAAUCUAUGAAAACAGCAACAAGCAUUACUCGAAGUAAUACAUGAUUUACCGAAAAAAUUUCAUGCUAUUCAACAAUCUCAACUACAAACAGAUUUAAUUAAAGAACUUUCUCCAAAACUUGAUCCAAUAACUCAAUCAAUUAAAGCUAUUAAAGAUAGAUUUUUUUUUCCUUUAAUUUGUCUAAUUGAAUAA